AUGCUAGACAACGAGCUAGAAGUAAUGGAAAAUUCAAAAGUUUCUUCAGGAGUGCCUCUUGACCUGACCCUAAAGUCUAUAAUCCAAAUCGCCCCCACGCAUUUAUCUGCAAGACACGGAAUUCAGAUCCAGAAUGGGGUUAAAAGCCAGGAAGAAAUGCCUACACAGUAUGAGGCAACUUAUCUCAAAGAUAACCAAAGUGAAGUAGGCUUGAGUAUCAUGUCUUUAACACCUUUACUCGUACAGUCUGCGCCACCUCGGCUUACAGUUUCAGCUAAUCCCAAUUCUGAAAAAAACAGGAUGGAUGUAACAUCUAUAGAUGACCUUGUAACUUAUAAUGCCCCUGAUCUUAGUAACAGUAACUUACCAAACCCACAUCUAGUUCAAAAGGAAGACUAUGGACGCAUAAUUUUUCCUCAGGAUCAUGCUAGUCAAUUGGCAAUAAAAACAGAGUAUUCGCAGGAAGAACUAGUUGGCUCCAACUCAAGACACGGUGCGGUAUCUUCAGAUACUCCUGGCUUGUCGAAACUAAAUAUAGGUUCUGAUGAUAACUUAUCAGGCUCUGAGACUCUGGCAGGCCAACAUGAGUUCUGGAGAAUGAGGAACAUGGAUGUGGCAGAAGAAACUAAAACAGUUGCGAGAUCCCAUAUCGAAGACAUAGCCUCUACUCACUUACUUAGUCGUCCAAUUUCAGACGUAGAAACCAAAUUUACUGAUGAUCUAAGUACCGUAUUGACAGACUCAGCUCUACUUGGAUACAAAGAGGUUGGACAACAAGUUCAAGAAACAAGAGCUGCAUCGCCAUUACUCGAAACUAUGGAGGAAUGUGAUAGACUUAAUAAUCUAAUCCUGAAAGAUGGAGAACUCGAAAUUAUCACGAAGACUACAACUGAAAUUAUCGCACGGCCUACAAAGACUGUAACUGCAACUUCAACUAAAAAUAGUCCCUUAUUUGUUAAACACUCGGAGUGUAGUUUCACCCUAAAACCCAAAGAAGAGUCAACGAUAGAUGUCUGCCAGUUUCAACCGCAAAUCAAUAAAGAAAAACUUUUAAAUUCUCAGGAAUUAUCGAAUCAAGUGGAAGUUUCCAAGAUGAGAGACACAAUUUUAGAUCCGGAACGUCGUCCGCUAUCACUUAAUACGACCAUAACUUGGCCAUCCAGUAAUUACCAUCAAAAAUACACUAAUUCCACUCCUGAUAGACCUGUUCAGUCCUUAAUGGAGACAGUCGAUUUGGCCUCAUUCGACGCUUUACACAUACCUUUAAACUCGGAUCUUCAGAUAUGUGAGAGCCGGCACGUGCUUGCUUCCAAAGAGAAAAAGGCAAAGACCACGGUCUGUCCUAGCCCGAUGUAUUCAUCUUCCGUAGCUGCCAUGACAGGUGCGCCUCAGUUGACUGGUCAUCGCCCAUAUAUGGAAAAAAAUUCAUUUCUACUCUUUCCUUCAAUCCUAUUUGAUUACCAAGGUCAGCCAUUUUUGUACGAUUUAAAGCGGAUAAAUUCAAAGGAACGCAAAAAACGAGAUAAAGCAACACUAGGAACUUUGGAUGCAAUGAUUAGAGACACAUUACAAACAGUACGACAUCAUCGUCUGGCCUAG